GGCGGAAAAGGCGGGGCUUCUGGGUGACGUCACGGACCCCGAGCUGCUGGGCUUCCAGAGCGAACUGAGCGCGCGGGAAUGGCGGUCGCCAGCGAAGCUCUGGGCCUCUUGGUCACCGAGCUGUACGACGUGCAGGCUUUCAAGUUCGGGAGCUUUGUGCUCAAGAGCGGGCUCACCUCCCCUGUCUACAUCGACCUGCGGGGCAUCGUGUCCCGCCCGCGACUCCUCAGUCAGGUUGCAGACAUUUUAUUCCAAACGGCAAAAAAUGCAGAGAUCAGUUUUGACAGUGUGUGUGGAGUUCCUUACACAGCGUUGCCACUAGCUACAGUUAUCUGUUCAACCAAUCAGAUUCCCAUGCUCAUCAGAAGGAAAGAAACAAAGGAUUAUGGUACCAAGCGUCUUGUAGAAGGAGAGAUUAAUCCGGGGCAAACCUGCCUGAUCAUUGAGGAUGUCGUCACCAGUGGGGCCAGUGUUUUGGAAACUGUUGAAGUUCUUCAGAAGGAGGGCCUGAAGGUGACUGAUGCCAUUGUGCUGCUAGACCGUGAGCAGGGUGGCAAGGACAAGCUGCAGGCUCGCGGGAUCCGUCUCCACUCUGUGUGCACGUUGUCUGAAAUGCUGGAGAUUCUCGAGCAGCAGAAAAAAAUUGAUGCUGAGAUGGUUGGGAGCGUGAAGAGGUUUAUUCAGGAGAAUGUUUUCGCAGCAGCUAAUCAGAAUGGCGUUCCCCCUCCUGAGAAGAAAGCAUGCAAAGAACUCAGCUUUGGUGCUCGAGCAGAGCUGCCCGGGGUCCACCCACUUGCCUCAAAACUUCUCAGGCUUAUGCAGAAGAAGGAGAGCAAUCUGUGUCUGUCUGCUGAUGUAUCAGAGGCCAGAGAGCUGCUGCAGCUAGCAGAUACCUUGGGGCCCAGCAUCUGCAUGCUCAAAACUCACGUUGAUAUUCUGAAUGAUUUUACUCUGGAUGUAAUGGAGGAGUUGGCAGCUCUGGCAAAACGCCAUGACUUCUUAAUAUUUGAAGACAGAAAGUUUGCUGAUAUAGGAAACACAGUAAAAAAGCAGUAUGAAGGUGGCAUCUUUAAAAUAGCUUCCUGGGCAGAUGUAGUAAAUGCCCAUGUGGUGCCAGGCUCAGGCGUUGUGAAAGGCUUGCAGGAAGUGGGCCUGCCUUUACAUCGAGCAUGCCUGCUGAUUGCGGAAAUGAGCUCUGCCGGCUCCUUGGCCACUGGGAACUACACCAAAGCAGCAGUUGGGAUGGCUGAGGAGCACUGUGGAUUUGUGAUUGGCUUUAUAUCCGGCUCCCGAGUGAGCAUGAAACCAGAGUUUCUUCACUUUACCCCCGGAGUUCAAUUAGAAACAGGAGGGGAUCACCUCGGCCAACAGUACAAUAGUCCUCAAGAAGUGAUUGGCAAACGGGGUUCUGAUGUCAUCAUUGUAGGCCGGGGAAUACUUGCAGCAUCUAACCGGCUAGAAGCAGCUGAGGUGUACAGAAAAGCUGCCUGGGAAGCUUAUUUGGGUAGGCUUGCUGUUUAAUAAGAUGCUGAAGACGACUGGUGUUCUCAAAGCAACAGUGCCUUACAGUGCUCUGGGUUCUGCACAGAGCCAAUGAGAGACUCUGGAACUAUCAUAUCAUGGUCUUUACGUGUAAUCACUGCCUUGGUACUGUAAUAAGCUCUUUGUAAAGCUUGCUUUUGUCGAGACUGGUAUUUGUUGGGCAGCCACCACCUUUCUGAUUCCCUUACCCUUUCAGAGUUAAGGUACAAGCCUAAAUUGAGGUCCUGACGUUUCACGUCCACACAUAUGCACGGUUCCAGAGCGAUCUUUCAGUUCAUUCCUAGGAAACCAGGUCACAACUAAUUGUGUGUUUUUGCUCUUUUGGGGGGCCUGCCACCCAACUCCCAAAUAAAUCACAUGGAGGGUUAUUCUUAGUUAUGAA